AUGCUAAACUUCAAAUUCUCCGACGCAGCCACUUUGAUCACAGGAGCAGUUUCGUCAUCGUCAUCAUCGUCAAAUACAAGACAAAGUACAUUUAACGAUGAGAUUACCUUUCAGUUUGUCGUUCCGGAUGUACUCGAGCUCUCGAAGCCUGUGCAUAGUCCGUUGUUUGCAACUGCAGAUGAUAUUUUUUGGCAAUUAGUUUUUGGUCCUCCGAAUGAUAAAGAUUCCGAAUUCUACGAUUUAUUUCUGACAGCAAUUCCAAAUACACAAGAAUCAGUAUCCGAAUCAUCGUGGCAAGCUCGCGGCGGAUUGACCGCAAGGGUAUACUUGAAGAACCACAUUACCAGAAACGAUAUUAUCGCCAGGGAAUUUUGUACCGAUGGAUAUUCAAUUAUGGGCACGUGGAUAGGGUUUAAAAAAAUUUGGAAGAAACCAUCGUAUCUUGAAGGUGGCAAAAUUGUAGUCGGUGUAGAAUUCACGAAUGUACCAAAAGCAAAGGAACACAAAUCGGUAUUAACUCUUCCGUGGAAUUCAGCUCCCAAAUAUUUGAUUGAUGCAUGGCAACAACAUUUAGGCAAUCAGAACACGGCAGAUGUGAAAUUUUUGGUCGAUGAUAAACCAAUCUAUUGUCACAUUGACAUUUUAAAAGCUCGAUCACAACAUUUUCGGCAUUUAUUUGAGAUUGAGCCACCGGCUCAGCAAGAAAGACCGAAAGAAGAACCGAAAGAAUUAAGUGUAGGAGACGCGCUUAAGAAUAAAAAUUCUUCUCAACCUUCAUUUGAAUUAGUUACAUUGGAAGAUACACCUGUCCAAGAAACUUCGGGAAGCAGUACAACUCCAACUAAUCGACUUCAAACCAUAAAAAUUGAUGACACAGAAAUUAACUACACAACAUUCUACGAGAUGAUACGUUACAUUUACACCGAUCAGAUAACUUUCAACGACAGCACAGUAAAUCCACUAUCAAUUUACGAAAUUGCCGUCAAAUAUGAACUACCUGACCUGAGGAUCCACGCAAAAACAGAAAUUUUCCAAACACUGACCUUCGAAAAUGUGACGGCGCGCUUAUUUAACGAUGGCACACACAAAUAUCCAGAACUACGAAAAUAUCUCGUAAAAUAUCUCGUGGAUAAUUUCACAGCAAUUCGUGAGACCGGCGAAUUUAAACGGGUGGUGGGGUCACCUGCAGAUUUUCCGCAUUUCGCCGAAUUGAUGGUUGAAAUAUUUGCAUUAUUGGGUCCGACAGCUAAUGCUGCUGCUGCUUCAAAUAAUCAAUUUAAACCACUGACAGAUCAAUGA